GAGACGACCUGCCGUCGACCGGGAGGGCUGCCUUAUCCCCAGACCUGCAGGGACAGCGUCGUCAGCCUCGUCUUUCUCCGUUAAACACCAAAACCAUCUACGACCAUUUGUCAAAAUGGUGAACUUCACUGUGGACCAGAUCCGGACCAUCAUGGACAAGAAGUCCAACAUCCGGAACAUGUCCGUGAUUGCUCACGUUGACCACGGGAAGUCCACUUUGACUGACUCCCUGGUUUCCAUGGCGGGCAUCAUUGCCUCGUCCCGGGCCGGAGAGACCCGCUUCACAGACACGCGCAAGGAUGAGCAAGAGCGCUGCAUUACCAUCAAGUCGACGGCCAUCUCCUUGUACUAUGAGCUCGGGGACAAUGACUUGACAUUUAUCAAGCAGAGCAAAGACGGCAACGGCUUCCUCAUCAACCUGAUUGACUCUCCGGGCCACGUUGACUUCUCCUCGGAGGUCACGGCUGCCCUCAGAGUCACCGACGGGGCCCUGGUGGUGGUCGACUGUGUCUCAGGUGUGUGUGUGCAGACAGAGACGGUGCUGCGUCAGGCCAUCGCCGAGCGCAUCAAGCCGGUUCUGAUGAUGAACAAGAUGGACCGGGCCCUGCUGGAGCUGCAGCUGGAGCCGGAUGAGCUCUUCCAGACCUUCCAGCGCAUCGUGGAGAACAUCAACGUCAUCAUCUCUACCUACGGGGAGGAAGACGGUGGACCCAUGGGGAACAUCAUGAUCGAUCCCAUUAUUGGUACGGUCGGGUUCGGUUCCGGCCUCCACGGCUGGGCUUUCACCCUGAAGCAGUUCGCCGAGAUGUACGUGGCCAAGUUUGCUGCCAAAGGCGACGCUCACCUGGGACCAGCGGAGAGGUGCAAGAAAGUGGAGGACAUGAUGAAAAAGCUGUGGGGAGACAGGUAUUUUGACCCAGCUGCUGGCAAGUUCAGUAAGACUGCUACUGGUCCUGAUGGUAAGAAGCUCCCCCGCACCUUCUCCCAGCUCGUCCUGGACCCCAUCUUUAAGGUUUUUGACGCCAUCAUGAACUUCAGGAAGGAGGAGGCGGCCAAACUGAUCGAGAAGCUGGACAUCAAGCUGGACGCAGAGGACAAAGACAAGGAGGGCAAGCCCCUGCUGAAGGCGGUGAUGCGCCGCUGGCUGCCCGCCGGAGAGGCCCUCCUCCAGAUGAUCACCAUCCACCUGCCCUCCCCCGUCACCGCCCAGCGGUACCGCUGCGAGCUGCUGUACGAGGGUCCCGGAGAUGACGAGGCUGCCAUGGGUGUGAAGAACUGCGAUCCCAAGGCUCCUCUAAUGAUGUACAUUUCCAAGAUGGUCCCCACCAGUGACAAGGGUCGUUUCUACGCUUUCGGACGUGUGUUCUCUGGCUGCGUGUCCACGGGCCUGAAGGUACGCAUCAUGGGACCAAACUUCACUCCUGGCAAGAAGGACGACCUCUUUCUCAACCCAUCCAGAGGUGGGACCAUUCUGAUGAUGGGUCGCUAUGUGGAGCCUAUUGAGGAUGUCCCGUGUGGGAACAUAGUGGGUCUGGUUGGAGUAGACCAGUUCCUGGUGAAGACAGGGACCAUUACCACCUAUGAACAGGCCCACAACAUGAAAGUGAUGAAGUUUAGCGUGAGCCCUGUGGUCAGGGUCGCUGUGGAGGCCAAGAACCCCGCAGACCUGCCCAAGCUGGUGGAGGGCCUGAAGCGCCUGGCCAAGUCUGACCCCAUGGUUCAGUGCAUCAUCGAAGAGUCGGGCGAACACAUCAUCGCCGGCGCUGGAGAGCUGCAUCUGGAGAUCUGCCUGAAAGACCUGGAGGAGGACCAUGCUUGCAUCCCACUGAAGAAAUCAGACCCGGUAGUGUCCUACAGAGAGACAGUGACCGAGGAAUCGCACCAGAUGUGUCUGUCCAAGUCCCCCAACAAGCACAACCGUCUGUUCAUGAAGGCCCGCCCUUUCCCCGACGGCCUAGCCGAGGACAUCGAAAAGGGGGAAGUCACCUCUCGUCAGGAGCUCAAGGCGCGGGCCCGUUACCUGGCAGACAAGUACGAGUGGGAGCUGACGGAGGCCAGGAAGAUCUGGUGCUUUGGCCCCGACGGGACUGGGCCCAACCUGCUGAUGGACGUGAGCAAGGGUGUUCAGUACCUCAACGAGAUCAAGGACAGCAUGGUGGCUGGUUUCCAGUGGGCGACCAAAGAGGGCGCGCUGUGCGAGGAGAACAUGCGUGGGAUCCGCUUCGACAUCCAUGACGUGACCCUGCACGCGGACGCCAUCCACCGCGGCGGAGGGCAGAUCAUCCCCACGGCCCGCAGGGUUCUGUACGCCUGCCAGCUCACCGCUCAACCUCGACUCAUGGAGCCUGUUUAUCUUGUUGAGAUUCAGUGCCCUGAGCAGGUGGUUGGCGGGAUUUAUGGGGUGCUGAACAGGAAGCGCGGUCACGUGUUUGAGGAGUCUCAGGUGAUGGGUACCCCCAUGUUCGUGGUGAAGGCUUUCCUGCCUGUCAACGAAUCCUUCGGAUUCACAGCCGACCUGCGCAGCAACACGGGAGGCCAGGCCUUUCCUCAGUGUGUGUUCGACCACUGGCAGAUCCUCCAGGGAGACCCCAGCGACCCCGCAAGCAAGCCCCACCUGGUUGUUGCCGAAACAAGGAAACGCAAAGGUCUGAAAGAGGGAAUCCCUUCCCUCGACAACUACCUAGACAAAUUGUAAAUGCCGUGCCAGUGUUUGAUACCAAACCAAGCUGUAAACCCUAUCCACCGAGCACUUUAAAACCUUUGCGUAGGCUUAAAAUAUAUAUUGCACACAUGGCACUUUUUUGUCAUUUUGGUAUUUGUUAGGGGCUUCUGCUAUCAAAGAUUCUUACUUUGUCAUUUCACAGCUACUCUUAAGUGCCUAUGGCAAAGGUUUUCGGGGUUCAUUCAGAUCAAGCUAUUUUAUCAUCACUCCCUAGCAUUUCUUUCUUUCAUCACCCUCAUCCCCUGUAUAAGGCUGUAUAGUGCACUGUGACACUGCUGCAAUAAGGCUUAUUAUGUAAACGGAUCAUGACCAGAUGAAGCCUGGAACAUCACAAUAAACUGGAGUACAAAUCCCACCCGGGCUGGUCAUUUUCACCGGACCUGUUGAAUUGAAAGACUCAAAAGAAAUAAAUAAGCGACACAUUCCUUUAUCUCAUUCUUUAACUGAUUUAUUUCAAAUUACAUCGAUGAUGUUAAUAAAUGCUUGUUUGAUAUGCAA